UUCAUUGGGAAUGGAGACCAAGGAUGAAUGAAAUUCACUGAUAAAAAGCUUUUUUUUUUAAUCUUCAGUCUGCUUGUUUUGUUCAUCAAAUCGGUCAAAUUUAUAUGAUUUGUAAAAAUUAUUGAAGUAAGGAAUAAGUGUUAAGAUCUCACAAAAUGGAAAGGAGCAGAUUAUACAGCAGGGAAUUGUCUCAAAAGCUUUGGAUCAUUGCGAAAAAUGCGUGAAAAAAGUGAUUAUGGGCGACAAUAUCAUAAGCCAUCAUGGGCUCAUGGAGGGAAUUCUCAUGGAAACCAGCAUGGAAAUGCAGGAAAUGCACACGGAAAUCAACAUGGGAAUCCGCAUGGAAAUCCACAUGUGAUGGAUGACGCGGAUAGCAUAGAGUCUUUCAGUUGUCCUGAGAUUGUGACUAGGAAAAGAUGGCAAGCUAGAGAGCCUCUUCACGUCUUCUACACAAUUUUGCCACUUGAGUUCGUCAUAGUCCAUCACACAGUUACAAACACGUGCAAUGCGCAGAGAAAGUGCGUUCCGAUCGUGCAGAGCAUCCAGAAUUACCACAUGGACGAUCUCAAGUUCGAUGACAUCGGCUAUAAUUUCUUAAUCGGUGGCGAUGGAAGCGUCUUCGAGGGCGUCGGAUGGCACAGAAGAGGUUCGCACACUUAUGGCUACAACAGCCGAUCCAUCGGAAUCGCCUUCAUGGGCAACUAUGAAAAUUAUGCGCCCACGAGGAAAGCCGUUCAGGCGGCGAAGAAUCUCAUCGAGUGCGGCAUCAGCAAUUACGAACUCUCGAAGGACGUUAAGGUGUUCGGAGGAAGACAGGUGCAGAGUACAGCAAGUCCGGGGGAGAAUCUCUUCGAGGACAUGAAGAAUUGGCCGCAUUGGGCGGAAGUCUGAGCAGAAACUGACUGUUAAAUGCAUUAUUUCUCUCUUAUGCGAAUAAAAACUCUCCAGUCGC